CGUUUCGGAUGCACUUUUCGAGGUCCCGAUAGUUGUCUAGCAAAGUAGUUUCAGAAGAAGUUAGCCUUUUCUCAGUUAGUACAACUAAAUCCCAGUGCGGAGGUGUGGGUGUGUGUGUUUUGGCCACAGGCUUGAGGGGAAGCAGAAGGGUUGCCUCUGUUGCUGUUUUUUGCGGGAAAAGUGUAACACCAGCGUUUUAUUUUUUUCCCUGCCCGUUUGCCGUGUCGUCGUUCGUCUUCCUGGAAAGACGGGGAGGUACCAUUUACUCCAGCUGUUUUGUGUGGAAAUUUCCCGGGCAAAAGCGUACAGGGAAAAGGAAAUUGAUUUAUACACUGCUGAGGAAGGAGCCCCUCGUCCUCUGCCCGGCGGGGUAGUUUGUUCGGUCGCCCAAGCGGAAGUGAAGAGAAAAAGAUCUAGCGAUCUGUGUGUAAAGUGGCAAUUUUUUCGCCGAAUUCCGACCGUUUGUCGGACGGAGUGUGGAAACUAGGCCAAAAGUGGUUGUGAGUUCGUUUGUCUGUGUGGGGUUGUUUUUGUAGAGUGUGCUUUUACGUGCGAAAAGCGGUUAAAUUCCGCCAGGUCGGUUGUCUACGGUUCAGCGCCAAGGGAAAAGAUAACACGGAAGCAACAACUGGAGUAACUGACGGUGGUGGUGUAAAGUGGUGUGCCCUCUCUCUCUCCCGCGCAUUUGACGUGACUCUAGUCGGCGUCGUCGAGGGGCGCUGCUGCAUUCGCUGUGCAGGACUGUGACAUAGGUUCCGGGUCGGAGGAAGCUCUUCGUGAAGGAAUUAAUUUCGUCGACACGGAAGCCAUCGACGGGCAGUGACAGUAGUUUGGAGACCGACUGAACUUUUAAUCGAAUUCAAAUAAAAACUACGGUAAAAUCGAAUAAAACGAACCUUAUCAAACAACCGCCCACUAGUUGAAAAACCGCAGCGGAAAAAAACGGACCGAACCGGAGGCAACCGCUAGGUGAGUCACCAUCGUCGCAUACAGCUUGAAGCCAAGUUGAGCAACCCACUCGCUCCGGUUCCGGACCGUAAUGAUGUUAAAGUUUUUCCACCAAGCCACAACGUAUUACUGCAACGGUUGUUAGACGUGGGACGUGACCGAGCCUGGACCGGUGGUUCUGGUGCUUCGAAAGUUUCGGAUAGUUUGCUUCACUGACCGCCAACCAGCUCUGGCUAGUGAGUUCCUUCUGCGGACACGCUAAUAGGUGUGCAAUUACCUAAUGUCCUACUGCUGAUCGCCGUGUUUUUUCACGUUGAAGAUCAAAGUAGGCUAAUUAGAUCGCCACCGCAACGGAUUAGACCAUACACGAGGAGCGAGAUUAGUGACAGGCCGGUCAUGUUUGUGGCUGGUGUGUAGGUACUGUGUAAAGGUCCGUGCAGGGUACGUGAAAUUGGAUUCGGAUUCAAGCGACGUGUAAAAAAAGUGUUCGGAGAUUUCCCGUAGGAUUUUACUGCUGUUGUGAGUGUUUGUUCGUUCAACGCCGGAACCGGCAGUUUUUUUACACACAGUUGGAUUUACGCGGCGCCAGCGGUAAAAGAAUUCGGUAAACCGGAGAAAGGUAGCAAUUGGUGUCAAUCAGAAUAUUCGUGCAACCGUGAAACACCUGCCGACCGCAGGAUUUGUGAGUGACAGCGGAGAGAAAAAAAUCCAAUAAAAUUAAGCCAACAUACCCCAGAAUAAUGGAAAUCCCAACGAUAAUGGAUGGGAUGAUGAAAAGCGCGCUGGUCCUGCAUGACGAUCGGUCCUCGCGGAAUAGCCACAGCAGCUCAGGUUCCCCCUCAAUGAUGCACGACAAGAAAAAAAUGCUCGACCUCACCCGAGACAAACCGAUCAAAAUCGCCGUCCGGGUUCAGGUGCCCGUCAGGGAUCAUCCCAAGUUCAACUUUGUCGGCAAGCUGCUCGGUCCGAAGGGGAACUCCCUGAAGCGGCUCCAGGAGGAAACGAUGUGCAAAAUGGCAGUGCUUGGCAAGGGUUCAAUGCGGGACCGGAAGAAGGAAGAGGAACUGCGACAUAGCGGCGACCCACGGUAUGCGCAUCUAGCCGAGGAUCUGCACGUCGAGAUUUCCACCUACACAGCACCGGCCGAGGCGCACGCUCGCAUCGCGUAUGCCCUGGCCGAGGUUCGACGUUUUCUGGUGCCGGACUAUCACGACGACAUCCGACAGGAGCAAAUGUGGGAAAUGCAUGCACUCAACUCGGCUCAAACUGCGUCCAAUGGAACCAAUGGGAACUGUAAUGGAGCCACCAUGAGCAACGGACAUAGCACCAACGGCAUCCCGUCGAACGGAAACGCGACACUGAACGGGUGUAAUCCGGAUAUGAUGCACCAUCAGCAGCAACAGCAGCAGCAGCAGCACGGUGUGGAUUCUCUCUCGAAUGGCGUUGGCGGCAAUAUUUUGUCUGCAGCAACGACACCCACUGCUGUAACAACGCCAGGCUCGGAAGUCACCAACGGUCAACAGCACAAUCCAAGUUCUGUUGGCGUCACCAUGGCCUCUGUCGUCACCGCCACCAAUGGCACACAUCAACAUAAUUCACACCAGCAGCAGCAGCAGCAACUUCAGACCCAUCAUCAUCACCCUCAUCAUCAUCCCCAUCAUCAGUUCCUGACGAGCAGUGCGGUCGACGCCGUCACAGCGGCUGCCACCGAUCUCAGCAACCUGAUGCCGGUCGAUGUCAACAUGACGUCCGCCAAUCACUUCGUGAAUACCCUGCCAACCACAGACAUCGAAGCUCAGACGCUGGCUUUUGUGGAGUCGGCCAACGCUUUUCUGCAUCCGGCACUGCGAGGAGUCAAAACAGUGAGCUUAGCCCGGAAACGACCGCUGCUUGGGGGCCCCCGGUCCAGCAUGAAUCCAACGAAGCGAACCGUGAUGACGUUGAUUGCCCGCGCCCGGACAGCUCAGGCGAUGCACGGAGCAAGCCGAUCGACCGGUCCCAUCGGAGAGCAUGUUUUCUCUUUGGACAGACCGAUCCAGGUGAUUACGUCACCGCUGAUUCUGCAACCACAGCUGGACCUGUUGCAGAGCAACGGCACCGGUACGCUGCCGAAGGAGAACAUCCUGCAGGGGGCUUAAGAGGUCAAGUCGAAACCGGACACUGCUUUCGAUGAGUCGGUAGUGAUAGAUUAAAGGAGGCAUACCAGCGACAGCAGCAGCCGACCGAUGCGAGGCUCGGAAUGGGAUCGAAGCCAAAUAAUAAUAAUAAAAUCACACCCAUUGAACACACCAAAUUUAGUAAUUAUCACUCAAUCACCUACACUCACAAGACAAAGGCACCAACGAGAGUUGUCAAGUAAUAAAAUUCACUAUAAAUUGUUCAGGUUUCAGUAACAGCAUAUAAACAAAAUUUCAAGUAUGAACAAAAAGCAUUGCAACGUAGCAAGCGUCAACACUAUCGCAUCACAACGACACAAGCAAAUGGACCCAAAGAAAACAAGCUUCCCAAACCCUUUCCGGACUGAGUCGAAGCAAGCCAUGACAGGCACGUAGCCAGAGGGGGGGCUAGGGGGCUAAAGCCCCCCCCGAAACUUUUCAAAAAUAAAUUUAAGAAGCAACAUGUUUUUCGGUAACUCGUAAAAAAAUUGUAUCUUGUUUGGUUUCAACAAAUUAAUGGGAGAAUGGUGAGGAAGAUUGCUAUUUCGAGCCACCGAAGACAUCG